GGACAAGGUUCAUGGCCUCCUCCACGAGCUACGCGACGCGCUAGCCAUGAACUACGCCACAGACAGACGGAACAGCGACCUGAAGGACUCGGCUAACAGAAAACGGCUGUUCGACUACCUGCAGGACUUGGAUACAAACCUGACCACGGAGGGAGUGAUCGGCACCCUGAUGCAGGAAGAGUACGCGAAGGUCGGCCUGUCUUCCUUCCUGUUCCUUGCCGGACUGCGUCUCGCCAUCUAUCAGGAGAUGGCUGGAGUGGACCCGCAGAACGAAGACCCGGACCUCAACCCGGCCGGGUCAAGGCGGUACGCGGAACCGGAGACCGGCAUCGUGGCCACCCACGCUAAGGAGUACGCCGAACACGUGGAGAAAUGGUGGCCUAAAAUCGUGGAGGAUCGCCGGAGAGCUGUUGUCUGUCAGCGUUCGCCGGCUCACGCGUUCGGAAUAUAUCCUGAGCAGUGUUGGGUCAACGACGAGUUCACUGGUCAGGAUAAUAUAUUCACCAGCAGUGCCAGUAUCAUAUAUGGCAAGUCGUCGGUCGAUGUUCAAGCUGAAUGCAUAGAGUACAAAGAGAAAAUGGUGAAGAAGCUGGAAGAGAGGUUCUCCCACCCGGAGGAAAUCGCGGCUAACUGGAGGAAGCUGAUCGUCACGCCCAUCAACACAGCAGUGGACACGCCCAUCAACACAGCAGUGGACACGCCCAUCAACACAGCAGUGGACACGCCCAUCAACACAGCAGCGGACACACCCAUCAACACAGCAGUGGACACGCCUAGCAACACAGCAGUGGACACGCCCAUCAACAUAGCAGUGGACACGCCUAGCAACACAGCAGUGGACACGCCUAGCAACACAGCAGUGGACACGCCUAGCAACACAGCAGUGGACACGCCUAGCAACACAGCAGUGGACACGCCUAGCAACACAGUAGCGGACACGCCCAGCAACACAGCAGUGAACACGCCCAGCAACACGGCAGCGGACACGCCCAGCAACACAGCAGUGGACACGCCCAGCAACACAGCAGUGGACACGCCCAGCAACACAGCAGUGGACACGCCCAGCAACACAGCAGCGGACACGCCCAGCAACACAACAGUGGACACGCCCAGCAACACAGCAGUGGACACGCCCAGCAACACGGCAGUGGACACGCCUAGCAACACAGCCGUGGACACGCCCAGCAACACAGCAGUGGACGUAGGAUCUGGCUAGUUACGGUUCCAUCUACAACCCCCACCUUAAACCGGAAGGAAGGGCUUCGCGUAGAAAUCUCCAGUACAUGGGACCCAGAUUUGCUUCAUAAAGGACAGUAACUUUGUAUUGUCUUACCAAACAUGGUUUAGAUAUGUGUGAUUUUAGCGCACGAUCCUUAUGAGUUAGUGACUUUGACAUGUUCAACCAUUUUUGUCUAGUUAGAUGAACUUGUUAUUGAAUUGUUCUGUUAGGUAAUUCUGAAGAAUAGUGAGGGAUGACGUCACUCGAAACGUUCGGAGGUAAUUCUCGUUUUUUUUUUAGCUAGUUGAAGAUACUGAAUAGAAAUGUAUUUUCCUCCUGUAUGUAUGACCUACAUUAACGUAUUAGAAAAAGCAAACCGUGAAAAGUGAUACAACUCCUCACGCAGGGUCGUGUUAGAGACCUGCAGUGGGAACUAGCUUAACUAGGGGGCGCAACUGUACUUCAACUUUAAGCCCCUUUCCCUUUAGACUUGUUGCGGUAAUACCAAUAGCAUUAUACAUUAGUCUAGUCUUCUUCAUAUAGUAAUUUAAAAGUAUAACAGUGUACUGUAAGCUAAAAGCAUUUACAUUUUACAAACAAAUCUUUAAAAAUACUAUUUCAACUUUAGUUGUUAUUUUACAGGUUUAUAUAGUUAUACUAUAUAUAUCUAAAUAGUUUAGUAUGAAUAUACAUAAGACAAGGGAAUUCACUGGGGAUAUAUUGUAUUUAUCAAAUUAAAGAUUUUAUUGGAAGGAAAUGUUGUCUCAAAUUUGUUUGCGUCAUUGUUUUGAGUGUCAAAGAUUGAUUUAUGAAUUCCAACCAAUGCUUGCUCGUCAUUCUUACCAGGUUUUAUGUCCAGAAUUUCAAAUACUGUACUGAUGUCGAGGCCAUAUCAUUUAUAUAGUGAGCUAGAUCUAGGCGGAUAUGAUGUUCAUUCAAUAAAAAUUCCACACACAGGUCAGUAGCCUGUAGUUUCACGAACCUUGGUUUUAUAUACAAAUAAUAAGAGUUUGAGGACGUCAGCCCGAAAUACUGUAGUCAAAAGCAACAUUACAUUAUAUUAUAUAUUGUA